UUUACGGCACACGUGUGUACAGACCACUCCACUCCAGCGGUGGUGACUCCAAAAUGGCUAAAGUUUCUAAGAAGAAAGUGAGUAGGAAGAGCGUCAGGAGGAGCACCACGGUGACGGAGAAGCUCGCAGAGGUGAAGCCAGAUGUGGUGUACGACGAUGGCGACGAUGAGUUUCUCAGUAAAGAAGACGGAAAUAUCAGCAGUGAGGAGGAGGAGGAGGACGGCGGCGGCAAGGAUGAACGAAAACGCCAAAAGCUGCUCGAAGCCAUCAGCGCUCUGGGAGGUAAGAGGCAGAAGAAGCUGGGGGAGAGAUCCGAGGCAGCCGUCCUCAUGUCGGAGUUUACCGUCAACGCCGAGGGAGAGGGCGAUAAGAUCGAUAUCUCGGACCUCAUCGGGUCAAUGGAGAAAACCUCCGCUGUCCCUGCCAAGACCAAGAAGCAGCUGAAGAACCUGCAGCAUACUAACAAGACCAUUGAGUGCCCCCUCAGCAAGCAGGAGAGUGAGAGGAUUCAAAGAGAUGUGGCUUUCCGGAAGGCUUCCACAGAGGUGACCCGGUGGAAAGACAUCAUCAAACAGAACCAGAGGGCCGAGCAGCUGGUCUUCCCCCUGGACAAGGAGCCCGCGGGUCCUAGGCCAAUGGAGAGGAUGGUGACCGGGUGGAAGGCACAAACCCCGCUCGAGCAGGAGAUAUUUGCCCUCCUUUCAGCAAACAAGCAGCCCAUCAAUGACCCCAUCCUGACCCCUGCAGAGGAGGCUUCAAUGAGGGCCAUGAGCCUGGAGGAGGCCAAGAUACGACGCGCAGAGCUGCAGAAAGCCCGGGCUCUGCAGUCCUACUACGAGGCAAAGACCCGGAGAGAGAGAAAAAUCAAGAGCAAAAAAUACCACAAAGUGCAGAACAAGGCAAAGCGUAAAGAGUUCCUGAAGAAGUUUGAGGAGAUGGUGAAGACGGACCCCGCCGCUGCCUUGGAGGAGCUGAGUAAGAUCGAGCUGGCCAGGAUGCAGGAGAGGAUGUCUCUGAAGCACCAGAACAGUGGCAAGUGGGCCAAGUCAAAGGUCAUCAUGGCAAAAUAUGAUGAGGGGGCUCGCAAAGCCAUGCAGCAGCAGCUGGAGGUGAACAAGGAGCUGACCCAGAAGCUGGUGACUGUGCUGAAUAAAGAGGAAGAGGAGGAGGAGGAGGAGGAAGCAGUGGAUGAAGAGGUGCUGCCUGAUUUUGUAAAUGAUGCAGAGCAAGGACUACAUUCUUCCAAUCCCUGGAUGAGAGGAAAGCUGUCUGAGGGCCCUGCUGAAAAAGAGUUAAGUGAAAAUAUGGAUCUAAUAACCGAGGGGCCUGGAGCUGUGGAAAAUCCAGCUGAGGAGGAUGAGGAAGAGGAAACAGAAGAGGAAACCCUCCUCAGGGAGUUUGAUAGCAGGAGGAAACGGCGCCAGGCUCACGAGGCUGUCACAGCACCUGUACCUGACCAGGAGGAAGAGGAGGAGCCACAAGUACCUGGCCAGGGGGAAGAGGAGGAGCCACAAGUACCUGACCAGGAGGAAGAGGAGCUGUCAGAGUUCACAAGCCUUUUCCGGGGAAUAGCAGACAGCAGUCGAGAAGCUGAGAUGCCCGAGGGAGCUGCAGACUCCUGCCACACGAACCCUUCAGCCCAGCUGGAGGAAGGGCUGGUGAGGGUCAGGACUCUGGAGGAAAUGGAGCUCCUCAGUCAGCAGGAGCCGGCCCCUGCUGAGCCGGCCCCUGCUACAGAACAGCUGCCCUCUGUAACUCCACAGGCUGGCACAACCAGAAAAAGAAAGCGGGGAAUCGAACUGAAAGAAGUUCUCACCAAAGAAACAAAAGUCAUCAAAGUUCCUCUCGCCCCAACCAUGGAGGACACAGAGGACUCGGAGGACAAGCUUGACCAACGGGGGCUCAUUAAAGAGGCCUUUGCCGGAGAUGACGUGGUCUCAGACUUCCUUAAGGACAAGAGGAAGCAGGAGGAGGCAGCGAAGCCGCAGGUCGUGGACCUGACUCUUCCUGGUUGGGGCGAGUGGGGAGGGACAAACCUAAAGCCUUCCCGCAACAAACGGAGGAGGUUCAGGAUUAAGACAGCCCCCCCCCCUCCAAGGAGAGACCAAUGUCUCCCCAGCAUCAUCAUGUCAGAGAAGAGAAACGGCUCCAUCAGCCUCCAUCAGGUGAACUCGCUGCCCUUUCCCUUCCAGAACCACGCGCAGUUUGAGAGCACCAUCCGCGCUCCGCUGGGUCGCACCUGGAACACAGAGCAGACUGUCAGAAAGAUCAACAAGCCCAAGGUGGUCACCCAGCUGGGCGCCAUCAUCGAACCCAUGUCCCGUGAGGAGCUAAUGAAGGACAAGAAGCAGGUGUCUACCGGGAGCACAAGUCAUGUGGACUCAUGGAAGAGAAAACGUUAGCAACAGUUCUCACUAGGUAAAAGUCAAUGUAAAGCAAGCAGCCAGCACAGCAGGUUGUCAUGGCAGCUCCACUACUCAGACUCCCUCUCUUCAUAAGCUUUUCAUGUUGUACAUCUGAGAUUUCGAUAUGUCAAAUCAAUGCUGAAAGUCAACUGAGAAGGGUAAAUAUGUAAACCACAUUGUGUCAUAAGAUGAGUUGUGUUAUGAACAGCUGAUGAUUUAGUAAAGCACCUUCCUCCUGCCUGAUGCUGGCACAUUUCACUGUAUCGUGUUGUCUAAAUGUGGUAAAUGGACUCAAACUCUA